CUUCUUCGCAGCAAAAACGGGGUCGUUUUACUUUCUAUCCGUUUUAAGAAAGAUUUACUCUCCAAUAAGUUAAACGACGUCGUUGCCUACUCCUAUAUCAUCUUCCUCAUCCAGAUCUCACUCGUCUUCUCUGGAAUGAAGAUGCUGACCCAAGACGUCUCCUUCUCUAAAACCCUAAACCCCACUGUUUCUCUCUUCUCCUCACCCUUCCAUAAACCCGUUUCUCUACUCUACAAAACAGUUAAAUUCAAACCACUUGUCACCAUCAAUACCUACACCACAUUUUCCCUCCAGAAUUCCCUGUUUACCAUAAAAAAUGAUGGACCAGUCCGGCGAGAGGUACGGUCGUUUGCGGGCAGGAGCAAGACAAAGCACGACGGUCCUUCACCGGGGCGGCUGGAGGGGAACGCAGAAGUACGGCGGGAGGCGAAGCGGAACGCCCGACGCAAGUCGAAGAAGCUGGCUGAGUCCCUUUUCUACCGCCUGAAGAACCCGGGCCGCAGAAACCAUGCUGAUAACUUCUCGGAGGAGGAGCUCCAGAUGAUCGGACUCGGUUACGACCGGAUGGUUAGGUUCAUGGAGCGGGACGACCCCAACCUCCGCCAUCCGGACGACUGGUACAAGUACGGCGAGUUCGGGCCUUACUCUUGGCGCGGAGUCGUCGUUGGAGACCCCAUCCGCGGCAGAUUCUCCGAUGAGUGCGUCACUUUGAUUGGAGAAGUGAAGGAUCACGAGGAAUGGGAGAAGAUUGAGCAGUUCGAAAUGGCGUCGGAUUUUAGCAAGAGACUUCAAGAAAUGGACAAGAGCGUUGGGCUCAGGUACUUUUGGGUGUUCGUGAGGCACCCAAAGUGGAGGCUACAGGAAUUGCCAUGGCAGCAGUGGACACUGGUGAGUGAAGUGGUGCUGGAAGCUGGAAAACAGAGGCUAGACAAGUGGAAUCUGAUGGGAAGAUUAGGCAACAAGGCGAGGUCACUGAUAACUCAGUGUGCAGCGUGGAUGAGACCGGACAUUAUAUACGUGAAAAGACCAGUGUAUCAGUGCAGGUUCGAGCCUCAAGAUGACUUCUUCAAUGCGUUGAUUCCAUUUCUUGACCCCCAAACGGAGAACGAGUUCUUAUUCGAGGUGAGGGAUGAUGAAGGAAGGGUGGAAAUGUGUACGUAUUUCGGGGGCCUGUGUAAGAUCGUGAGGGUGAAUCCGAAGGCGUUUGUGGAUGAAGUGGUGAAUGCAUACCAGAAAUUGAGUGAGGAGAAGAAGUCUAAAUGCUUGGAGUUCUUAUUGACGAACCAUCCGGAACAGCUUCUGCAUCCGUAUACUAGAGAGUGGAAGGCUAAAUUAGAGGAGAUGGAGUUGGGCUGUGAUGCCCCGGACGAGGAUGAGGAAGAGGAUGUUCAUAGGAAGAAUCCGGGUGAGACCCGGUUCAUAGAGUGGCUUGAGGAUGACGGUAAUGAUGAUGACGAGGAUGAACAGGAUGAUGUGAUUGUGGACAUGGAAAGAGGUGGGGAUGAUGAACUGGGGGCAAAAGAAGAGGAUUCAGGCGCAGAGGAGGAUGCAGAGUACUGGAAGGAGGAGUUCGAGAAGGCAAUAAGCAGUGGUGAGAGAAUGGAGAAGCUUGCUAUGAGAAGUGUAGAGGCAUCAACAAAGUUGUACGAGAGACAACUGAGGCAAACAGCAAGGAUUGAAGAAGAUGGAGAUGAGACAAGCAUGAGAGGUGCGAGAGCAAAAGUGAGUCCGGAGGAGUGGAAGAUUGUCGGAAUUGGUCCGUGGAGGAAGAGAACCAAGAAGAGUAAAAUCCCACCCGAGCUCUUCUUGCGGGCAGCUGUUCGGCCAUUCACGUAUAGAAACCUUGUAAAGGAGAUUGUUUUGACAAGGCAUGCAAUUUUGGAAGGUGACAUUGGUAGGAAAACUGAUGAGCCUUGUUGAGUGAUUAUGCAUUGGCUUCUAAUACCUAUACUAAAGAAAAAGUUGGAGGGAAGCAGCUGAUCAUGUAUUUGAGAAACAUUGUAAAUGAGAAAACUAGAAUAGUUUAGUUCAACUAAAA